AUUAAACCGAAGCCGGCUGCAGAAAUACCUUUAGUUGCCCCCCGUCCCCCCUCCGAUAUCAAUCCCGGUGCGCGCGCAAACUUUCAACAAACCAUCCGUGCACCGGCGCAUCGAGACUACUUCUUCUUCUUCUUUCUCUCUUUUCCUUUUCUCUUUUAGAGAACUCCGACGCCGGGAAAGCAAUUCUUCUGGCUCUUCAACUGCCAUCCGAAGUUUGCGCGUCACAAUGAACGCCCAGGUCUCGUUUCUCGAUGGCCACUACACCCUCAUCCACAUCCCCCUCGACCUGUACUCGGUACUCUUGCAGCCCAUCCUCCGCGUCCUUCUCCCGCAGACCCAGACCCUCAAGGCGUCAAAAGGCGAACCAGAACAUGAAUUAGAAGGACUCAACGCCGAGAGCCAACAUGGCUUCCUCAACAUUAGCGUCACCCCCAUGGAGUGCUCCAUCGUCUGUCACAGCUCCUGGGCCAAGAACGUCUUUGAGCCGGCCAUCCAGGAUCUCCCAAAAGACCUUGCCAAAUCCGUCUCAAUAUCCAAAGACACCUACCUCGUGCUCUCCGUCAUCAGCGCCGGCAUGGACGCCGCAGGCCGUGUCAUGGAACUGACCUCGCCCCUGGCCCUCGCCGGCAUCCCCAUCUUCUUCAUCACCACCUACUACUCCGACUUCAUCCUCGUCCCGAGCAAGGACAGGCAAACCGUCGUCAAGGCCCUCCUCGCCCGCGGUUUCGAACUUGCCGACAACGACUCCAACUUUGUCAGCCCCGCCGCUUCGAUACACUCCCGCGGCCCGAGCCAGAACAACGGCGCCGCCGCGCCCCCGCUGACCCCGCCGCCCUCCACCAUCGCCGAGCUGCAGGUCCGCACCUUUGACUUGCUCAAGAAGCGCAGCGUCGCACCCUACGUUGAGGACAACCUGCUCCUGGUGCAGUGCUCCGGCCGCGAGACCUCGCAGCUCGGCGGCGAGCUCUCCCACACCCAGCGUCCCUCGCUGAGCCGUCAGGUGACGGGCAACAGCCACCGCCAGACCUGGCUGGACAACAUUGACGCGAAGCUCUACACCGCCAUGAUCUCGGCCCUGGCAGCGCGCCCGCGCUUCCUCUCCAUCACUCUGGCCCAGGAGGACCCGCCAUCCCUGCUGCUGGAUAAGUCGCUGCUCGGCCUCUUUGGCGAUUCCCUCGUCGGGGACACCAAGACGAACCUGACCCCGAUCUUCUUGGACCUGGAAAGCCUACCGCUCGAGGCUACCGGUAUCGUCUGUGGCGUGGCCGGCACCCUGGUGCAGGAUAUGCGCACGGGAGACAGCGCGGGGCUCUCGUACCUCUCCACCGCCCGAGCCGGUGCCGUCAUUCUCGAUUGCGAGCAGUCCAUACUCGCGCUCGAGAUCCUCAAGCCCAAGCUCUUCAAGGCCUGAUCGCAUCGACCGUAUGUUACAGGAGGGACUGCAUUGCUGGGAUAUCUGUCAGAAGGGAAAGCCUGAUCUGAAAAGAUGGAUCAAGAGGAAGGAACAUUAUGAGUUUCUUUUCCUCACACAUUUCGAAUUUUAACGAAGUUGCAUGAAGGGACGAUUGUACUAGCAUGGAACUGGUUUAGGGGGUUGGCAAUCUGUCAUUUUUGAACAUUUUCGCGCCCGGGUUUCUGGCAUAUUGGCGUUUACGGAGGGUGGCUCUCUGUCGUUCGAUACCAAUUUUGUAUGUCUUGCAAGAGGAUAGGGGGCCCAAUAUCGGCCCCAGAACUCACACUCGAAGCGAUUUGAUCUCCUCUUCAAUGCCCCCUCUUCGAUGACAUUCUAUGAUCGCCUGCCCUCCUUGAUGCGA